GCCGAUGGCCUGGAUGGUCUCCCCCAUUCAUUAAUUCUGCCAUCUCUACGGCCCGUCACACGCUCUUUUUGAUUCCGACUGCCCUUUCGAUAGCUGGCUACCUGGCAAAAAUGAACCCCUGGGGCUGGACGGAUCCCCACGGCGGUCUGUGGGCGCGAGAUCACCCUCAUUCUUUCGAUUCUGACUUUGGCAAUGGCGGCAACGGCGUAGGGGGCGGUGGCAGUGGCGGCGGUGCUGGCCAGGAAUUCGCCUUCCAGGCGAACGGAACAUCGCAGACUGCCAUCCUCAACGAGUUAAGAUUCCAGGCCGCGCGCUCCAUACGAACCUCGACCAUAAUUCUCGCCAUCUUCAAUGUCGUGGCCGCCUUUGCCACCAUCUUGGGUAUCUUGUGGGACAGCUAUGUGACCAAGAAGAGGGACGAUCCCAAGUUCAAGUUUCGGACAUCGGGGUUUACCUUUGUUGGCCCGACCGAGACCUUCCCGCUCGCAUUGUCUAUCGGCAUUGUUAUUCAAGGAACGGUCUUCGCCAUUGCACAGUCGACUGGCCUCGACUCUUUAUUUCAAAUUGGGUGUGCCCUCACAUCACAAAUGAUGCUACCCGCUGUCUUCAUUGUUCCCUAUAUCCAAUUCGUCCUCGGCUUGGAGGUGACAUCUCGGGCCUUGCGACGACGGCCUUUUUCUCCCAAGGGCAAAUGGACAACUGCUAGCUGCGUUGCGAUCAUCGGCACACUGCUUCUCGCUUCUUUUCUCGUCACUCAUUUUGUCUACCCUCCUAACUUUUGCUUCGGUUCUCUUUUCUGGUUUGUUCAGCGGUGGAAAAAGGGCAUCUUCAUCGUCAUGAUUAUCAUCGCCGUGACCCUCAUCAUCUGUAUCGGGGUCAUAUUCUGGAGGCUACACGCCGGUUGUGAUAUUGAUGAUCCUGUCGAACGGGAUGCCUCUUCUAGGAUGGUGUACUAUCUGGCCUUUGCCGUAAUCUCUAUUUGUUUCUCUCUGCCCUUUUUCUACAGCCUUAUUUUUAUGGACUUGAGGACGUCAGGGAACCAGCCCUUGAAUUUUUCCAUGAUGGCAUCCGUCGUCGCGAACCUCUCGGGCCUUAUGACGGGCGGUCUUCAUUUAUUUUUGCGGUCGAGCUGCCUCACUACCUUCGGACCUCGCGACAAGUAUGGAGAGCCCAGAGACAAGCUCAAAGCCGACAUUCGAGUUCACAAAUCCGACGGUUACGGCGAUGGCUUCGGAGACGACAAUGGAAUGGGACAGAGAUGGUCUGCGGGUUCGGGCUUGGCCUCAUCGUGGUAUGGAAAGGGAGAUCAGGAGGAGAAACGAGUUGAGAGCCCAUCCGGCACACCGACCUACGACGGCCCGAAUCCCCUUCGAGUCCACGAACUGUACGCGGGGACGCCACAGCUGAGGGUUCCCGAACCCACGCAGCCACCUUCGGCGUUCCAAACAUUGAAGGAACAUAUUCGAAAGUCGUCGUACUCACUGUUCCCACGAGAGAACAAAACUUUUACGCUACUCCCUGCUACCACGUAUUCCCCGAAUGCGAGUUCAUCCGGCCGAAAGCCGCAGGACGAAGAUGGCCAGUUGCUUGCUCCUCCCCCCUUGGUACUUGAUACUGGGCUCCGCCACAGACGUGAUUCUUCCAUGGGUUCGCAUGCCACCGUUCAGAUCGGACUCCGGUUCUCCAAGGCGGAGGAUGCACCUCCCAUCAACUCUCCCAUAUACCGCGACAGCGGCGAGGUACAUAACCUUGGAUGUCCGAAACAAAGGGAGAUAGGUGGCUCGAAGCGACCAAGCCCUCUGGGCGUGGGCGAAAAUGGGGACGACGGCGACGACACCCUAGUGGUCUUUUCUUCGAAAGGGGAUUCUGUCAAAUCGAUAGCCUCUCGGCCGACGACUCCCAGCUCACAAGGGCGGGUCCCGGAUGAGCCGAAGUUGACCUUGACGGCGGCAGUAUACAACCCGAGUCCCCUCAAACCGUCGAGAGUGAUCACAAGUCCUCAGGGGGUGGGUUUUAACGUCCAGAAAUCGCUACCACCGCCGCCACCACCGGCCAGGUGUUACAAACCCAACUGCGACUGCGAGGGGCUUCAUAAAGCGGAAUGGAUAUGAUAUGAUUGAAAAGAAGGUGCGCUUGACGCGACUACGGCCUUCAAAAAACACCAGCGCUUCUUCAAAAGAACGUCGUCCCGCGGCCCGCCGCGCGUGCACGGG